CGAAGAAGAACAAUUCACUCCCCUCCUCUACCUAUCGAGAAUGCAGUUUCCAGGUAAGCCCUUCACUGCUUCGCACCAGCAUUUCCUAGGGUUUCGCGGUCACAGCUCUCUCUCAUCCCCGUCGUUACUUCCGUCAUUCUUCUCCGUCCGCAAGUCCUACGCCUGCGUCUCGUGCAGGUUAAGCGACGGGCGAGACCUGAGCCCCGGCCGCGAGAAGCCUAGAGAGAGAAAGAGCGGUGAAGGAAGAGAGAGAGUGAAGGCGAGGGGCAAGGACAACGUGUGGAGUGUGGACAAUGAGAUGGCGAAGGCGGCGGAGAAGGAGAGGGAAAGAGGUGAGCGGAGGAAGAAGAAGGGGAAAAGAGUGAAGAGCGUGAGGAAGAGGGGAAAGGGCGGUGACAUGGUUAUGGUAUCUGGUUCGAUGUUGAUGGAAAUUGAGACUGUUCUUCAAACUCAGGAACCGGUCAUUCGACCAGCAUGGAAUACCUUUGCAAGUAGUGUUAGUGGGAUAUGGAAGGGAGUGGGAGCAGUUUUUUCACCCAUAACUGCAGAGAUGCAGCCAGUUGAUAUUGGAAAUAAAAAUGAGAAUCUUUACGACUGCUAUACCCUUUUACGCAUUGAGGCUAUGGCUUCUCCUACUGGAGGGCAGACAUGUCAGAUCCAAAGAGUAAUAAAUUGGGUGUCGAUGAAUCCUUGUGGUGAAAACAGACUGCUGAAUGGAGGGAGCAACAGCAGCAAAGUUGAUGCAUUAUUACCCAAAUUUGAGUCUUUUGACUUGAGUACUAGUGAUGUGAUGGAAGAAGAUGUAAUGGGCAUGGAACCUGGUCUUGUUUUCUUUGAGGAUGGUUCUUAUUCCAGAGGUCCAGUUGAUGUUCCCAUUGCUGAACCUGAUGAAUCUAUGUACUAUCUUAACCCUAUUUUCAAGUUUGAACAGUGUUUGGUGAAAGGUUGCCAUAAAAGACUGCGUAUUGUCCAUACCAUAGAAUUCGGUAACGGGGGUUCGGACAUACAGAUUAUGAGGGUUGCUGUUUAUGAGGAACAGUGGGUUAGCCCUGCUAGUAUUCAGGACCAAAGCGACCCAGAGUUUGAUUUGAAGCCAUUUUCCCAGAGAAAGAGAACGCAGCCAUCAGAAUUGACCGGGUCAUGGAAGGUGUUUGAGGUUAGUGCUAUGCCAGUAUAUGGUGAAGAGACAAUAAUGGAGCAAACUAAUGGCACCCCUUAUGUGUACCUUUGCACUGAAACCCUAAAGAAGAGAAGCUUGCCCGAGAAUCCAGUUCACUUUAAAGAGGAAGAGAUGCUAGACAUGCAGGAUGUGACCGUACUUUGGCUGCCUGGUGGGGUCACCGCGUAUGUUGACGUGAGUGAGGAUGGGAUACUGUGCAUUGGAGUUGGGUGGUAUUCGGACGAAGGGAUCAAUCUAGUUAUGGAGAGAGAUUACGGGGUUGAUGGAAAGCUUAAAGAGGUUCGGUCCAAAUCUGAAAUAAAAAGACGGUGGUCCGAUUCGGAUCCAGUUCCCUUGUAGAUUGUUUUAUGACCGGUUUUUUUGGGUAUCUGCAACUAGUUAUUAUUUGCAUAAUUUUGUAGUGGAAGAGAAGUUAAUGAACAGAAUGGUCAGUUGUUACCCAUAUUCAAUUUUUGAUAGAUUAUGGGCCAGAUUCAAGUGUACAUCUGUAGAAAAUGUAAAUAAUACUAGUCAUGUCUAUUUUUUACUA